AUGACCGAACCAAACAGCACAAGCGGAUCUAGCUCUCAGCCAUCGGCGCCUCUAGGCCUCCCAGCGCCAUCCGACGUACCCACCUCGACGGAGCCCAGCAAUGUCAUCAAGCUCGAUCACCUUGGCCCCAUGGUGGUCAACUCGGACGGCACUAUCUCCAGGAUUGCAAACUGGCAGAACUUGAGCGACAUCGAAAAAGAGAGGUCGCUCAGGCUGCUUGCCAAGAGGAACAAUGCUAGAAUGGAGAACUUGAAAGCGAAGGAGGAGGAGCAGUGA